GCUUGACGUCGCUGAGUCCUUGGUGUGCUCGGAUCGGAUCAGCUCGGUUCUUGGACCUGUCGUGCUCCAGGAUGAAGUUCUGUUCGGCGCUGUUGGCUCUGCUCGCCUCCGUGGCCGUGGAGGCCACCAUCUAUUUCCGGGAGCAGUUUACGGACGGAGAUGGCUGGAAGACCCGCUGGCUGGAGUCAAAGCACAAGUCUGAUUACGGUCAAUGGAAACUGAGUUCUGGAAAGUUCUACGGAGACGCGGAGGCUGACAAAGGUCUCCAAACCAGCCAGGACGCCCGCUUCUACGCCCUGUCGGCCCGCUUUCCGCCCUUCAGCAACGAGGGGAAGACAUUGGUCGUCCAGUUCACCGUCAAGCACGAGCAGAAGAUUGACUGUGGAGGAGGCUACGUCAAGAUCUUCCCCUCCGACCUGGACCAGAGCGAAAUGCACGGAGACUCCAAAUAUUACCUGAUGUUCGGACCCGACAUCUGUGGCUACAGCACCAAGAAGGUCCACGUCAUCUUCAACUACAAAGGCCAGAACCAUCUCAUAAAGAAAGAUAUCAAGUGCAAGGAUGACGAGCUGACCCACUUAUACACGCUGAUCCUGAACCCAGACCAGACCUAUGAGGUGAGGAUUGACAACGAGAAGGUGGAGUCCGGCUCUCUGGAGGACGACUGGGACAUGCUGCCCCCCAAAAAGAUCAAGGAUCCUGAUGCCAAGAAGCCCAGCGACUGGGACGACCGGGCGACCAUCGACGACCCCAGUGAUACCAAACCUGAGGACUGGGACCAGCCCGAGACCAUCCCUGAUCCCGACGCCAAGAAGCCCGACGACUGGGAUGAGGACAUGGACGGUGAGUGGGAACCCCCCAUGAUCACCAACCCGGAGUUCAAGGGUGAUUGGAAACCCAAACAGAUCAGUAACCCCGACUACAAGGGAGCGUGGGUGCACCCCGAGGUGGACAACCCCGAGUACGCUCCCGACACCAACAUGUACCGCUUUGACGACAUCAGCGUCCUGGGCCUGGACCUUUGGCAGGUAAAGUCUGGAACAAUCUUUGAUAACUUCCUCAUCACCGAUGACGUCAAAGAGGCAGAGGAGGUCGCCAAGGAAACCUGGGAAGUCACCAAGGGUCCAGAGAAGAAGAUGAGGGACGAGCAGGAGGACAUAGAGAGGAAACUUCGGGAGGAAGAGGAGAAGACCCAAAAGGACGACGAGGAUGACAUUGAGGAAGAGGGCGAGGAAGAAAAAAUAAACGAUGAGGAGGAAGACAUGGAUGCUGGAGCAGAAGACGAUGAGGACAUUAAGAAGAAGGACGAGUUGUAGGAGUUUGCUGAUGAACCAAUAGACUUUUUUUUUCUAAAGCCGUGGGAGGAAGGGGAGGAGCCUAAUGUUCAUUUUCCUCUACUGCAAGUUUUCUAAUUUAAUCUAAUCGGUUAAGGAUUUUCUGUAUGUGUGUGUGGAUGCCUAUGUGUGAAAGAUGGGAUGGAGACAAGUGAGUAAAGUGGAUAUCCUGA